CUGGAUAAUGGAAUAUUACAAAUUCCUAUUAAGGAUACGGACAAUACUGUAGAAUGAUUCAAGUUUUCAUGUUCCCUUCAGAAAUAUAAUCAGAGGACUUAGAUGAGCUCAGAAAUGCAAGAGUUUAAUAUUAAUUCUUUCUUUAUUUCUUGGACUCAAAAAAGGAAUUGAACUAUAAACACAUACACAUAGACUCCAGAGUCACGACAGCCUAAUAAGUUAUGUUGAGACGACGGUUAUCAUGGUUCUCUCUUGGUCUACUGCUUGUCCUCACUGCCCACAUUGCAGUGAUGACCUAUGUCUGGACAGUUGGAAAGGAGCUGUUAAUGAACCAGCAAAAUAUUUUGAAAAGACGUUCAGAUAUGGUGGAACGAGACAAUUCACUGAUCGAUAAGCUGACACUGCUUGAACACUUGGUUCAUAAUCUCUCAAAUAAUCUGCAGCUUACAGAAAAUGACAAGCAGCUACCGCAAUACUCAAGCAAACUAGUGCUUUCACAAAGGGAAGAGCAAAAUGCAAAGCCUCAUUUAAAUUUGUUUGACCCAAACGAGCAGAAAAAUAGAAAGAACCAAAAAGUAAGAAGGAGGAGCAAACGGUUUCCACAAUCUGCAUUAUUUAUAAAAUGGGGAGACAAUCUAACAGAUGCAGAACAAAUAAAAGCUCAGGAUUUAUUUGAGAAAUAUGGUUAUAAUGCUUUCCUCAGUAACAAGAUGUCACUUCAGAGACCUAUACCAGAUACAAGACCUUCAGGGUGUAAAAGGAAGAUUUAUCCAGCUGACCUCCCAACAGUGAGUGUGAUUUUGAUCUUUUUUGAUGAAGCUCUCUCAAUAAUCCUAAGAGCUAUAAACAGCAUCAUUGCAAAAACACCUUCCCAUUUGCUUAAGGAGAUAAUUCUUGUGGAUGACAGCAGUUUAUAUGAGGACUUGAAAGAUACUCUGGAUACAAUUAUCAGUGAAUACAACCAGAAAUACCCUGGUCUGGUGAUAAUUAUAAGGCAUAAGAUACAAAAAGGGCUCACACAAGCACGCAUCUCUGGCUGGAAAGCAUCGACUGCAGACAUUAUUGUUGUUCUCGAUGCCCACAUUGAGGUCAAUGUGGGGUGGGCUGAACCAAUUCUUGCACGUAUAAAAGAUAAUCAGAAACUUAUAAUAUCUCCUGUAUUUGACAAAGUUUCUUAUGAUGAUUUUGAAGUCCUUGCAUAUGAUGUCUCAGCUCAUGGUUAUACCUGGCAGCUAUGGUGUCAGUAUGACUAUCCCACACCUGAAUGGUAUGCUUUGAAGGAUGAAACUGCCCCAGUAAGGAGUCCAAGUCUUAUGGGAAUCUUUGCUGCUGACAGAAAAUACUUUGGAGAAAUUGGCACAUUAGAUGAAGGCAUGAAAAUAUAUGGCGGGGAAAAUGUUGAACUUGCUAUCCGUGUUUGGCAGUGUGGGGGUGAAAUUGAGGUGCUGCCAUGCUCCAAAGUGGCUCAUAUUGAAAGAGCACAUAAACCAUAUCUUCCUGACUUAUCAAAAACUGGAAAAGCAAAUGCACUACGCGUUGCUGAUGUCUGGAUGGAUGACUAUAAAGCAAUGGUACAUAUUGCAUGGAAUGUUCCUUUAAAGGGUCAUGGAAUUGAUUAUGGUGAUACAUCUGCCAGGAAGAAGAUAAGGGAGAAGCUGAAAUGUAAAAGUUUCCAAUGGUAUCUGGAUAAUGUAUACCCAAACCUACAGCCAUAUCUGAACAUCAUUUACUAUGGACAGUUAAAGAACACCCUUCUUGACAAACUCUGCCUCGACCAAGGGCCACCUGAAGUCAAUGUUCCAAUAUUGUAUCCAUGUCAUGAUGGAGCAACUCAGUAUGUAUUUUAUCUUAUCACUGGAGAGGUUUUCAUUGGAAAGCUGCGAAGUCGCAAAGAUCAACAUAACAGAUGCCUGGUUGAUACAGGAGAAGGACAAAUGCUAGCAAUAGAAUCAUGCAUAGAAGCAAAAGAAAAGAAACACCAUUUGUUGUGGGAGCUUAUACAGGAUGGUCCCAUCAUAAACAGGACAACGAAAAGAUGUUUUGAAGUAAGUAAAAAGACAGAAUCAGAUUAUGAACUAGUGGUAAGGCCAUGUAGUGGACAGUCAUGGAAGAUUCAGCACUCAGUAAAAAUGUAAAUGAAAUACUGCUCAGAGGUAAUACCAGGGGAAUUAAGAAGACAUCGUUUUGACCUUCACCAUCUGAAGCUGUUUCUUGCAAACUAUGGAACCUUUCUCCUGUUGUGACUGUGAAGAAGACUUAAAAGACUUUCAAUUUAUUAAAAUCAAUUUAUGUA